AUGCUGUGGGACAGCGAGGAGGACGAGGACGAGGACGAGGAGCCGCCGCUCAGACCCCACGACUCCCGCCCUGCCAGGCGACGGAGCGAGGGUGAUGGGAAGAACAGAGAUAAAGGGGAAGGCUGUGGGGUGCCGGUGGACACCAGGGCAGCAGGUAGAGCCGCUGCCGCCCCGGCUUCUGCCCCCCCGACAGUGGCGCUGCCGCUGGCCUCCGCCCACGCUCCUCAGAGAAAGAGCAGCGUUCCCGUCGGGACGUCGGACUCUGAUCUGCGCUGCCGGACAAACAGCCAGGUACACACACCACAAAUGACUCAGAGCUUACUGGACACCAAGACUGAGGCCUACGUGACUCUGCCCGAUGGGGAAAUCAGACCUUGCAAACUGAUGGACAGAACGCACCACGUCACAGAAAAAGUCACCCAGGUCCUCUCUCUGGGCGCUGAUGUGUUACCUGAGUACAAGCUCCAGACCCCGAGGAUCCAGAAGUGGACCAUCCUUCACUACAGUCCCUUCAAAGCGGUGUGGGACUGGGUCAUUCUGCUUUUAGUCAUUUACACCGCCAUAUUCACACCGUACUCUGCUACCUUUCUGCUGAGUGAGCAGGAGGAGGCAGCCAUGCAGAGCUGCGGUUACUCCUGCUCUCCGCUGAGCGUGGUGGAUUUCAUCGUGGACAUCAUGUUCAUUGUCGACAUUAUCAUCAACUUCAGGACCACAUACGUCAACUCCAAUGAUGAGGUGGUGAGUCAGUCGUCUCGCAUCGCCGUCCACUACUUCAAAGGCUGGUUUCUCAUCGACAUGGUGGCAGCCAUUCCCUUCGACCUUCUGAUCUCGCGCUCUGGAGAGGAAGUGGUUCGGGCCGGUGGCGAGGGAGAGACCACCACUCUGAUUGGUUUGCUGAAGACGGCUCGGCUGCUGCGGCUGGUGCGUGUGGCGAGGAAGCUGGACCGUUAUUCAGAGUACGGCGCCGCCGUCCUCUUCCUGCUCAUGUGCACGUUUGCCCUCAUCGCCCACUGGCUGGCCUGCAUCUGGUACGCCAUCGGUAACGUGGAGCGGGCCACGUCGGCCGGGAUCGGCUGGUUGGAUAACCUGGGAGACCAGCUGGGGCGGCCGUACAAUGACUCGGUGCUGGGUUCGGGUCCUUCCGUUCGGGAUAAAUACGUCACGGCUUUGUACUUCACCUUCAGCAGCCUCACCAGCGUGGGCUUCGGAAACGUCUCACCAAACACCAACUCGGAGAAGAUCUUCUCCAUCUGCAUCAUGCUGAUUGGAGCUCUCAUGUAUGCCAGUAUUUUUGGAAACGUGUCCGCCAUCAUCCAGAGGCUUUACUCCGGCACGGCCCGUUACCACGCUCAGAUGAUGAGGGUUCGAGAGUUCAUCCGCUUCCACCAGAUUCCCAAUCCUCUCCGGCAGCGGCUGGAGGAGUACUUCCAGCACGCCUGGUCCUACACCAACGGCAUCGACAUGAAUGCAGUGCUGAAAGGCUUUCCAGAGUGCCUGCAGGCAGACAUUUGUCUCCACCUCAACAGGACUCUGCUGCAGAACUGUAAAGCCUUCAAAGGAUCUACUAAGGGCUGUCUUCGGGCCCUGGCUAUGCGGUUCAAGACCACCCACGCCCCUCCAGGAGACACUCUGGUCCACGCCGGAGACCUGAUAUCGGCGCUCUACUUCAUCUCCAGAGGCUCCAUCGAGAUCCUCAGAGGAGACGUGGUGCUCGCUAUCCUGGGUAAGAACGACAUAUUUGGGGAACCCAUCAAUCUGUAUUCACUGCCUGGGAAGUCCAGCGCUGACGUCCGAGCUCUGACCUACUGCGACCUGCACAAGAUUCAAAGAGAAGAUGUGCUGGAGGUUCUGGAUAUGUAUCCUGAGUUUUGUGAACACUUCUGGUCCAACCUGGAAAUAACCUUCAACCUGAGAGAUGCCCACCCGGGAGAUCCAGAGGGAACCAGUCCCGUCCAGACCUGCAGCACCAGGGGCCGCUCCAGCUGCAAGGACGAGUCCCACAGAACAGGCGGAGACUCCGGCGUCUGUCCGCUCUGGAGCGCAGAGCCCCCCAGGACCCCCUCUCCACUCUGCCCUCCUCCUCCCCCCCGGACCUCCCACUGGCCCUCCAGCCCCACCACCCCCCCCUGCUCUCCUCCGCCUGUCGUCUCCUGGAGGCAGAAGGUGGAUUUAGGCGACCGACUGGAGGCCCUGCAGCAGCAGAUCAGCAGGCUGGAGUCUGGCAUGUCAGCGAACAUCGGGGCCAUCAUGCAGCUUCUUCAGAGUCACAUGUCCGUGGUCCCACCUUCCUACAGCACCAUGACGUUAACCCCCACCCUCCCCUCCUCUGCGUCCCCCGGGGACCGCUCGGCUCCGCCCUCCCCCUCGGACCGAUCAGCAGACUCCGACUUCCAGCAGCUCAGAGACGAUCAAGCCUUUUUUCCCCCCGAGUCAGACACCUCCGCCUCCCGACCCCGUCAGACCCGUCAGGACCCUUCCUUCCAUCUGUCGCCCCUCGUGGCCCCCCUCAGCACCCAGACCCCCCCGCUGCCCGUCAGCCUCCAGCCGUCCUCCGCUCCGGUCUGCUCACACAGCUCCGUCUCUGUUCUGCAGAGUGGACACAAGGCGCCAGAGGAGCAGGGCCUGUGA